AUGUCACAACAAGAUAUUAUAACUCAAGUUUCACCAGAAUCUUCAUAUUCAAAUAAUUUAUCAACCACUUCAACAGCAGUACAAAAUGGAUCAGAAGAUCAAUCAUCAGAUACUUAUAAUUCACAAAUUCAUUUAAAUGUAAGAGGUAAAAAUUUUACAAUAACAAGAGAUGAAUUAAUGAGUUUACCAGAAAGUAUAUUAUUAUGUUUGUUUCCUAAUGGUGUAUUUUUAGAUAUUAAUGGAUCAAUUAUAACAAAUUUAACAGAAAAUGAUGUUGUUUAUGUAAAUUUCGAUCCUGCUUGUUUUCAAUAUAUUAUAAAUACAUUUGCAAAAGCUCAAAAGGAUUUAGAAAUGUCACCUUUUCAAAAUCAAUUAAAUUUAUCACCAACAAUAUCAAAUUCAAGACAUGGAAAUCAACAAGAAAAUAUAUUACAAACUAAACCUGCUAUAAUAGUGUUACGAGAAGAUUUAGAUUUUUAUGUAAUACCACCAAUAGAAGGAUUAAAUAUGGAACAAAUGAAAGAAUUAAAAAGAAGUGUAAGUAAAGUUUUAUUAAAGAAUAAAUUAAUAUUCUCAGGAUUAGGUUAUAAAUUUACAGAUGAAGAAUUACAAUAUUAUAAUAAUGAAGAAGAAUCAGAUAAUGAAAAAAUUGGUGGUGGUAGUGUUGAAAAAUUACAAGAUGCAAAUUCAAAACAAGAUAAUUCAAAAGGUUUAGGACCAGCAGAACAACAUCUUUUUGAUAUGUUAUGUUCAUCCGGUUUUGAAAUUAAAGAUAAAUGGGGUUCAAGAUCAUUAGAACCUGGUAAAUGUGUAAUAUCAUCAUUAUCAUUAGUAAGAUUAAGAACACAUAAUCAAGAAAAAACUCCAAAUCAAACCCCACCAGAUUCACCUAAUUUAACACCAGUUACAUCAACAACAAGUAAUAAUGGAUCAAAUUCAAAUUCAAGAUCAAGAUCAAGAUCAAGAAUAGCACAAUUAGCUUCAUCAGCAUCAAGAGCUGCAUCAAGAUCAUUAUCAUCAAAAAGAAAUUCCAAAAUGGAUCAAAAUCAAACUAAAUUAUUAUUAUUUUGGAGAAAACCUGCUAGAAAAUGUUGGUGGAGUCAUGGAUGGAUUAAUAUUGAAAUAAAUGAACCAAAUUUAAAACAAAUUGAAUCAGCAAAUAAUGGAUCAAAUAAAAUAAAUUUAAAAGUUCAUGUUAGAAGAGUUUGGACUUUAGAAUUAUCUGUUAUUGGAGUACAGUAA